UUUCUUUUCAUACAGGAUGUAAAAAAACAAAAACACAAACUUCACAAAGCAAAAAUCUAAAAGCCCGUGUUUAAAUGUAAAAGCCAUCGGAACAGUUGAUAAUAACUGAUUAUUAAGAUACUUGUACCCGGACUGCCUCCUUCUCUCCGCCUCCGUCAUCAACAAGUGUCUCGCGCACUGUCGGAGGCUUUUCAGUUGCAAAUGCACGCGCACAGACAGAAGCUGUUAAGCUCUCCCAUUGGUCCAAACCCGGCUGACUGCACGAGGGCUGGGGAACUUGUGGAGUGAACAGGCGGAUGAGUUUAGUGUGAGAGCUGGCCGUCUGACAAGUGCUUUUCCGCUGAGAGCAGUUUGAAGAGGACAGAGGAGAAGCGGCCUGUCUGCACUUUGUUUCACUCUCACAGUAAUGACUGCCACAGUCACACCUCUCAUCCAGGAAAAGUAGAGACAACUGCUCGUCCGUUGCGGUGUUUUUGCCUCCUGGUGUGUUGGGAGUAAUUAGCUAAUUUGGAUCACCCGUUGCUCCCGGUUGAACCUGUAGAGAAACCUGGCCACACGUCGCCAGGUGGACGGCGACAAAAGGCUGCUGCGAGCUUCAGCGUUCCAACUGUUGUGUAACUCGUCUUAACUUCUCCACACCUGUCCAACAUGUACAGCAUGAUGGAACACGAGCUGAAGCCGACCGGCCAGCCCCCCUCUCAUCAGACCUCCCAGGGAAUGUCACCGGUCACCGGCAACAUGACCGGGAACAUGGGCAGCAAUGGCAACUCUCACCCGAGCUCCAAAACGGCGUGUGCACCUGGAAGCGACCCCAUGGAUAAAGUCAAGCGGCCCAUGAACGCUUUCAUGGUCUGGUCCCGGGGACAGAGGCGGAAGAUGGCUCAAGAAAACCCCAAAAUGCACAACUCUGAGAUUAGUAAGCGGCUGGGAGCAGAGUGGAAACUCCUGACCGACGCCGAGAAGCGGCCCUUCAUCGACGAGGCCAAACGGCUCCGGGCAGUCCACAUGAAGGAGUACCCGGACUACAAAUACAAACCCCGCCGCAAGACAAAGCCUCUGCUCAAGAAGGACACUCAGGUUGGCAAGUACCCGCUGUCGGCGGGGAACCUGCUGGCGGCGGCAGCGCAAGGCCAAGGGGGUAGUCCGAGGAUGGAGAGCUACGGCUGGGGCCCCACAGGGGGGUACGCGGGCAUGCAGGGCGAGGCGCUCGGCUACACCCAGCAGCUACACCGGUAUGACCUGUCAGCGCUCCAGUACCCACCUACAAUGACGGCAGCACAGACGUACAUGAACGGAGCCAACUCAUACAGCCCCAUGUCCUACAGCAGCAGUCCCCAGCAGCCGAGCCCAGUCACCAUGUCCAUGGUGAAAGCAGAGCCAGUGACCCACUCGCCUCCAACAGGGACACCGAACCACCACCGGGGGCCUUUGCAGGGUGACCUGAGGGACAUGAUCAGCAUGUAUAUUCCUGGACCAGGAGGAGAGGCCGGUGACCCCACGACAGCACAGAGGGGCUACACCAGUGUCCAGCAGCACUACCUCACUGGAACUGUCCCACUCACACACAUCUAAGACUGAAGUGGGAAUUGUGGGGGUGGGGGUUAAACUCAGUGGGAGAACCAGAAAUGCUCACCAUGCACAGCUGGUUGGACAGGAGAUGGAGUCUGGUGCUGGGGAUUUUAGAUGGGCAAAGCAAAGAGACAGAAGAAGUGACGGAAAAACCCUUUUUCCUCCAUUCAGUAGUCUCAGUUCCAGCUGUGCCUGCAGUUACAGACACACAAGAGACAACUAAAUGUUUGUAUCACUGAAAAGCUGUUUUUCUACCUCUUUGGUGCCACAUGAGUUCAAAUAAAUGCCACUCAUACUUGCCACCACACCUACAGAGGCGAGACUCCUCCCUGCCCACCACCCUCCAAGCAGACUUCUCUCCAUGCAGUGAAGAUGGGGACAAUGCCUGUUUAUUGUGUACUUAUUUUGAAAUGUUACUGUUUUUUAAAAUAUUUUUAGAACCUUUCAAUAAUGAGUCAAAAAAUUCCUUACUACCACCCAAAACACUUGUGAUACUGGCACUCAUCAUGGUUCCACCAUACCCAGUCAGUGGUGGUGGGGGCUGCUGUCCCGCUGUGAGCAGAGCUGGAGAACAGCCGGGUGCCGGUGGGGAAAACGGGAAGGAAAUGCACAACUUGAAUAACAGAGCUGUUUUUUAAAUGAACUCUUUGUGCCUUGGCUUUGGUUUAGUACUCUUGUAUUUUCUAUAUUUUAACUGAUGAAAUCCUGUUGGACGACAUGGAGAACACCUGUUGGACAAUCAGCACUGCAUCCACAGGAAAUGAACAGAACACAGUGGCUUCUAUAAUCUGUGGCGUUGCUUAGAAUGUAGAACCAGUCUGGUUCCACAUUCAGUAGGUCUGCUGUCCCCAGAUCAUAGCAGAGUAUGAGAAGGUCUGUGAUGCUGUUUUUGCUGCCUGGAUGAGUUUUAUUUGCUGUAAUUUAGUUUUAGUUUUGACCUUUUUGAUGUAAAUGUUAGGAUGCAUUGUUCCGACAGCAUCCUGAGUCACUCUGACUGUUCAUUGUCACUUUGCUGUUGUAUUGUUUUUAGGUUUCUCAUUAAGUGAAUGAAAUUUCAUAUAAAAUGCUACAUUUCAGUUGUUUUAUUCCAAAUAGCAGAUUAAGACUUGCAAGUUCUGUCUUCCACCAAGUACACUGGAUUGACAAAAGGCCUUCCAUGCAUGUGUUUGAAUGAGCUGUCAGUGUUUUAUCACCAGUAAAGACAAUGUAUCAAAGUAUGUUUCAGACUAAAUCUCCAGCAAACCUUCCAUCCUGUUUAUUCAUUCUUUAACAUAAUAAAACAGUGUUUUUAAUCCCGAUUCUUUCAAACAGACAGUAUUGUCAUUUGUCUAUUUUCCUGUCUAACCUGCUGUCUGCUUACUAGAGCUGCUAUGGACCUAAAGAAAACCUAUUUUCAACCUACAGAAACUCAGUAUUGAAUGUUGUAGAUUCAGACCGUUCUUUAGUCUGAAGCAUUACUAACUAAACGUGCACUGGAAACAGAUGCCUGAGUCGUUUGAAAAAGGAGGAGUGGUUCUAUUAAAGUAAUGCACGAAUGUUUACAUUGGUAUUUGAAAACAUAACUUUCUUUUUCUUUUGAUUUUAGAAUGAAAUCUUUUGUAUGUAAAUGCUGCCGUGUACUAGACUUACUGUAUGUAGCAUUCCUGUAAAUAAUGUAUACAUUUUUAGGCUCUUAUACUAAGAGUCUUGAUUCCUUCUUGUUUUAAAAAAUGUUUGUUAUGGCAUUCAUGACAAUAUUAAUAAAAAAUACAGAUUCGUUUUUCA